AUGUACUCUAAAUCACAAACUGUUUCACCCAAACCAGUAUUUUUAACUGCACUACCAUCAUCGAUAUCAGCACCAUCUCUUCUUUUACUUCAAAAACCAACUGGAGCAGGUUCACAUAGAAAACAAAGACAAAACAGUAAUAGCAAUAAAAACAAGCCACAAAAUGUAGAACAAAAAGAAAGAAAAAAUAGUAACAAUAAAAAUAGUUCUCAAAAAAGAAAACAUAGUAAUAAUAAAAAUAAUAAUGGUAAUAAUAGUAUAAGUACAAAUAAUAUAGUAAUUAAAUGUGAAGAAUUUUCAAAAGAAGACGAAACAACAAAUUUUUUUAAUAAAUUAGCAAUUACCAACCAACAACAUAAACCACAACUAUCGCAACAACAACCACCAUUUCAACAACAACAAUCAUCAAAAUCAAUUUCAUCAUCAUCCGCACCACAAACUAUUUCCGGUGAUAAAAAAGAAACAGAAAAAAUUGAACAAUUAGGUGAAAGUGGCGCAGCAAGCAGCAUUAAUAGUACAAGCAGCAAUAUCAGCCAAAAUGAUAGUAAAAGCAAUUGUAGCCCUGAAGAAGAAAUUGAAUCAUCCUUUGAAGAAAAAAAUUCAAAUAAUGAACAAGAGGGUUGUGAAGUAGUUUUAGAAAUUUUACCAAUCUCAAUCGAUGAAGAAACUUUAAAACAUUAUACAUCAUUCCUAAGUGUUUUAUCAGAAAUUAUUGUAAAUAUGUGCCAAGAUAUAGAUUCAAAUUCACCACAAUUAGAUGUAUUAUCACCAUCAUCAACUUUGCCAUCAAGUAAAACUACAUCAUCAUUAACAACAAUUGAAAAAUUUCAAGUUUUUAACGUAGACCAGGUACCAGAAAUAUCAAUUCAAGCUUAUAUUCAACGUGUGUUUAAAUAUUUACCAUUUGGGACCGAUAUAUUCAUAAUUUCAACUAUCUAUUUAGACAGAUUAAUUCAAAAUAAUCAUGAACUUGCAAUAACACCUUUGAAUAUUCACAGGUUAUUUAUGGGCAGUAUAAUUGUAGCAUCAAAGUUUCAUAAUGAUAAGGCUUUAAACAACCGUUAUUAUGCUCAGGUUGGUGGAAUUUCUUUAUCCGAGAUGAACCAAUUGGAAAUUCACUUUCUUUUAUUAUUAAAUUGGAAAUUGAACAUCGACGCAGAAAUAUUUAAUGCUUUCAAAAAUUCAAUACAAUCAAAAAUUGAUAUAUUGGACCAAAAAAUUAGAAAAUUAACAUUAGAAAAAGAAAAGGAAAAAGAAAAAGAAGAAAAAGAAAAAGAAAUUUUAAAUAAUGACGAACAAUGUAAUAGUAAUAAUCAAAAUAAACAAUUAAAUAAUGCACAACCAACACAACCAAAAAGAUAUGUAACAAUAGUUGAAACGGAUACUAAUAAUAGUAGCACCAAUAAUAGUAAUAAAAACUAUACACCAAAAAAUAAUAAAUUUAAUAAUAAAAAUUCCCAAUCAACAAGCCAAUUUUCACGUAUUAUAAAUAACAAUAGAAACUCCUCAAAAAUAUCAUAUCACCACCCAAAUUAUUUAACCUAUCCACUUGCACCAAAUCACUUUCCACAACAGCAACAACAACAACAACAACAGCAACAACAUAUACAACCACAACAAUCACAUUAUUAUGCACAACCACAGUAUUAUAAUCAACAACAACAAUAUUAUUCACACUAUCAAUAUAACCAACAAUUGUCAUAUUAUCAACAAUAUCAAGAAUAUUACCAACAACAACAACAUAACUCUCAAAACUACUUAUUUGACUAUUCAUCAUCAUAUGACGAUGGCUCAACUUUGUCUUCGUCACCUUCAACCUCACCAGUUUUGAGCUCAUCAUCAACUUCAACUGCAUCAUCAUCACUUUCAUCAUCACAAAGUUAUCAAGCAUCAGCUGCUCCACAACAACCACAUUCUUGGCAAAAUGCAUAUUAUUAUAAUUAUCAUGCUUCCAGUUAUCAAUAGACCCCGUGUGUGGUGUUUUGGUUAUAAACAAGCCAAAUCAAACCAAAUCAAACCAAACCAAAUAAAUAAAUAUAUAAUAGUAUUUAUUAUAAACGAUAUUUUUAUAUUCCCAUCCUACGACUUUAAAUCCAUCUCAUAAACCCAUCUCAUAACCAUUAACAAAAUUUAUUAGAUAUUGUAUUAAUAGUGUAACACAGCUUCUAAAAAGAAAAAAAUUCAAUUCGUAGUUUUUUUUUUUUGUAUUUAUAUUUAAUUAGUAUGUACCAGUAUUUAUAGAAAUCCUUUGCAAAAACAAAUCAAACAAAUAUUAAAAUUUAUUAAACUAAAAAUUAAAUAAAAUAUUUUAUUAUUUACC